GGAAGUGGUGGGCUGUGUGCUGGAUCCAGAGGUCCGUGCUGAAUCCCAUGGCGGCAGAGCGAGAUUCGGACUCCACUGAGCCUCCCGGUUCUGAGGCGCUCCUGGACGCCGUGCUACGGACCCUCUACGACCUGGGAGAGACAGAAGGUGAAACAGAGCAGAAAAGGAUCAGAAAGAAGAGAGAAAAGAAGAGUAACUCUGAGGCGAUAGUCAGUGUGGCAGCAGGGCCGCUUCCCCUGCCUGGAUCACCUGUGAGAGGCCAGAGGAAGAGUGCUUCCAGCUUUUUCAAGGAGCUCAGAGAAGAGCUGCAGUCUGCUCCCGCUGCCCCUUCAGAAGUCCCUGCCACCGCUGCAGUCUCCCUCUCUCCCUUAAAGAACAACAGCAAGCUAGUGGAAGUGGUAGAGUUUCAAAGCAAAAGCAAAAAAAGAAAACCAAAGUCAGAUGAGGAUGAGCCGGCAAAGAAUAAAAUAAAGGUCCUUGAAAAUGAUGUGGGUAUACAGGAAUUUAACCUAGAAAAGGCUCGUCUGGAAGUGCACCGCUUUGGGAUCACAGGCUAUGGCAAAGGGAAAGAAAGAGUCCUGGAACGUGAGCGGGCUAUCAUGCUGGGGGCUAAGCCUCCCAAAAAUACUUACGUGAACUACAAGGUUUUGCAGAAACAAAUCAAAGAGAAGAAGACCGCAGCGGAAGAAGAAGAAAGAGCGGCACGGGAGACAGACAUCUUCAAGAGAAAGAAGAGGAAAGGGAGAGAACAGGGGGACAGAAGACCCAAGAAGUCGGCUCCCAGCAUUCUGUCAAGUGGACGGGCUGGACAAGUUGGAAAAUUCAGAAAUGGGACAUUGAUUCUAAGCCCCACUGAUAUCAAGAAAAUCAACUCUUCCAGGGUAGCUAAAUGAAGUUCCUUCAGCUCCAGAGAGGAGCGGGAACAGUGGCAGCAUGUGGGACGGAUACAGGACCCCUAAUCCUGAGGCUGCCCAUUCUUGUUCCACAGAGUCUUUCUCAUUUGAGCAGAGAGUCUGUGUACAGCAACCCUGCUGAGUGCCCGGGCUCCCCUCCCUCGUGCUGCACGCAUACACAUACCUGUGCAUACAGCAGGCAGAGACCCCGCUGAGUGCUGGGCUGUGCCCAGGCUCCCCUCCUGUUGUAGGUUGCUGGUGUCGGCACACUGGUCACACUCUACUGUUUCAUAAUUUUACUGACUCCAAGUGUCUGUGAAUUACGCUGAAGUGCCUUUGGACUCAUGAAGCCACUAAGCGCAUUUGUUAUCCAUUGGUUCUGUAAGAAAUCGAUCUGUUGUCAGCCUGCCACACUGUAAAUCCACUUUGUAAGAAUUUCCAAAAAUGCA